UGAUGAUCAAUGUAGCCCCAUCAGUGCCACCUGUCAGUGUCCAUCAAUGCCACCUGUCAGUGUCCAUCAAUGCCACCUGCCAGUGCCCAUCAGUGCCACAUCAAUGCCACAUAUCAGUGCCUACCAGAGCACAUCAAUGCCACAUAUCAGUGCCCAUCUGAGCUGCCUUUCAGUGCCACCUAUCAGUGCCAGUCAGUGCCACCUAUCAAUGCCAUCAGUGCCACCUAUCAAUGCCAGUCAGUGCCGCCUAUCAAUGCUGCCAAUCAGUGCUGCCUAUCAGUGCCAGUCAGUGCCGCCUAUCAAUGCUGCCAAUCAGUGCCGCCUAUCAGUACCAGUCAGUGCCACCUAUCAGUGUCACCUAUCAGUGCCACCUAUCAGUGACAUAUAUGAGUGAUGCCUUUAUGAGUGUCCAACAGUGAUGCCUGUCAAUGCCCAUCAGUGCCACCUACCAGUGCCUCCUCAUCAGUG